UGCCGAACCGCCUCCACCCGACAGUGUAGCUGGAACCACCCAAGCCGGCUCCCUCCUCCUUUCGGCGCAGCCUCAGAGCGAGUGAUUCUCCUCCUCGGCGAAGCCGCUCCCAGAGAAAGAGAGAGAGAGAGAGAGAGAAAGACACACAGAGAGAGAGAGAGAGGGAUGCCUUCCCGCCGGAAGGGCUGCCCUUUGAGCCGUUCCUCCUCAUCGGAAAGGUAUUUGCGCUGAGGGGAGGAGGCGUGGGAGAAGAAAGAAAGACCUGGAGGAUGGAGGAGGAGGCGAUGGAGGAGGGAAGGAGAGCAGGAAGGGGCAGACAAUAGGCAAAGGGACGCGAUGCGGGAGGAGAAGCGCCGACCCCAGCGCGCCUCUGGCUGGAGCAAGGCAGCAUCUGCUGGCCCCUCUUCCUCCUCCUCCUCCUCCUCCUCCAGCUGCGCCUUCCUCUUCCAAGUUGGAGGUGGGAGCCGCACCCCAAUGGAGAGCCUUGGCUGAGGAGAAGAGAAGGAGGAGAAGGGCUUCCCUGCGGAGCGCAGCAUGCCGACAUGGGGCUGCCUUGACCACACGCCCAAGAGGAGGAAGAAGAGGAGGAGGAGGAAGGAAGGAGGAGAGAAGAGGGCGCGGUUGGCCGGGUCUUAGAGCAGAAGGAGAAGGCAUGGAGGCAGUGCAUGGGGCUGCCUCUCCUCUCAAGAGCCAAGCCAGGCACUGCUGCUGCUUCUGCUGAAGGAGAAGCCUCCACCAAGCCUGUGGGUCCUCUCUCUGAGUGUGGUCAACCUCAUGGCGAACUCAACCGAGCUGGGCGGGAGCAGCAGCGUGCCCCACUUGCCUGGAGGCCUCCUGAGCACCUCAGGCCUGAAGCUGGCCUCGCUGGGCCUCAUCCUGUGCCUCAGCUUGGCAGGCAACGGCCUCUGCGCUUGGCUGAUCUUCAAGGAGCGUCCCCUGCACCGAGCACCCUACUACCUGCUGCUGGACCUGUGUCUGGCGGAUGGACUGCGCUCACUGGCCUGCUUCCCCUUUGUCAUGCUCUCGGUGCGCAGCGGGGCCGGGGCCUGGCCCCACGGGCCGCUCAGCUGCAAGGUGCUGGCCUUCCUGGCCGUGCUCUUCUGCUUCCAUGCCGCCUUCCUGCUCUUCUGCGUGGGCGUCACCCGCUACAUGGCCGUGGCCCACCACCGGUUCUAUGCCAAGCGGGUGACGGGCUGGGCCUGCCUGGCGGUGGUCUGCAUGGUCUGGACCCUCUCGGUGGCCAUGGCCUUCCCGCCUGUCUUCGACGUGGGCACCUACCGCUUCAUCCGGGAGGAGGAGCAGUGCAUCUUUGAGCACCGCUAUGUCAAGGCCAACGACACGCUGGGCUUCAUGCUCAUGUUGGCUGCCGUGGUCGCCGCCACCCACUUGGUCUAUGUCAAGCUCCUCUUCUUCAUCCACGGCCACCGCAAGAUGAAGCCUGCCCAGUUGGUGCCAGCCAUCAGCCAGAAUUGGACCUUCCAUGGGCCGGGGGCCACCGGGCAGGCGGCCGCCAACUGGACAGCUGGCUUUGGUCGCGGUCCCACCCCUCCAACCCUGGUGGGCAUCCGCCAGAAUGCCACCCACAGCCAGAUUAAGCGGCUGCUGGUCUUGGAGGAGUUCAAGAUGGAGAAGCGGAUCUGCAAGAUGUUCUACAUGAUCACCCUGCUCUUCCUGCUGCUGUGGUCCCCUUACAUUGUGGCCUGUUACUUGCGGGUCUUCGUCAAGGCCAGCGCCAUCCCCCAGGUCUACCUGACCACCUCAGUCUGGAUGACCUUUGCCCAGGCUGGGGUCAACCCUAUCCUGUGCUUCAUCUUCAACAGGGAGCUCAGGGUCUGCUUCAGAGCUCACUUCCUCUGCUGCCAAAGCAUACAGAACACCCAAGGCACCCUUCUGUGUGAUCUGAAGAAUUUUGGGAUGUAGCUUUUCCUCCCCACGUAGGAGAACGAUCCACUAUCUCUAUGCUGUUCUUUUAUAUAUGCACUUGCCAGAUGGGUAUCUCAAGGAGACACUUCGACGUCUCGCCACCAUUAGGUUUUAAGAGGGUAUUUAUUUAUUUAUGUGUUCCGGGAUUUGUGUGCUGCCGGAAGGUGGGAGGGGAGGGUGGGCAGCGGAAAUGUAGAAGAAUAACACAGGGCUCCAGAUUGCUUGGAUUGCUGCUUCUAACGUUCCUACAGUUAAUUUUGACAUGGAUCAAAAAGGCCAUAAUUUUUGUGUUCCGUUUUUUUAAAAUGCAAAUGUUUCCAGUUUUGAUAACGGCUACACAAUUUUAUUCACAGUGUACAAUUUGAUAAACAGCCGAGACAAAAAAUUUUAUACUAAAGUUAUUUUUGAUGGCCUCAGACUGUUGUAUUACAAUGUUUGUUUUUAAAAGGGUUCACAAAGAAGGAGAAACUGGUUUAAAUGGUGAUUCUUGGGGAGGAGCUUUGAAAUUAUUAUGAUUUUGGUUAGCGAGCAGCAACUUUCUUAACUUUGCCUGAAAUAGAAACACAGGAUGCAGUAGUAACCUACAUCCUAAUUGUGCUCUCGUUUUUAGGUCAUUUCCUAUUGACCUAAAGAGAACGACGUUCACUUUGAUGUUGACAUCAAUUAAUUUUUCGUGUUGCACUUUUCCUUUGGUAUACUUUUCAGAAUCCUUUGAAAAAUGAUGAUUUUAAAAACAAAGAGGUUGAAAUCACGUAUCAACUUUCAAAAUGGUCAAUAUCAGGUUUUUAAAAUACACUGACUUUCAUACAUAUUGGCUUUUUAAGAUGUUAGCUACAAACUGGGAAAUCUGUGUACAUUUUGACUGUUUUAAUAAAAUCAUUGUCCAGUUUUUGUACAUGAA